AUGGAGGAUAAUCAAUUGCCUAGACUGCCAUUAAUUGCGCAGCCACCAACCAUGCCGAAAUCGGGAGAAAAUACCUUUGCCAAUCAACCUACGGAUCAGGGAAAAGCUUCAGCAGAAUCAAUGAUUGCAGGGAACGAUUUGCUGAUUCAGCCCGUCGUCUCGCCGGCGCAGAAUGUCGUUGUUGAAGGAGUCGCGCCACCACUGAACACGGUGGCGCAAGCAAUUGUUGGGUCUGAAGUUGCGGCUACUGCAGACCAGCGCAUCUCUGCUGAUGUUGUUGCUGUCACGGAGAAUCGACAAUCAAUCCCCGCUUCGAAUCUGGUUGCUGCGCAAGACUCUAUUGAAGUUGUUGCGCAAACCCUCGAUUCCCCUAAUCAGCGAGAUUUAGUUGUCCCUCAUGUUUCUUCCGCCAAUAAUCGACGCCUAUCAUUAUCUCCGAUGACUCUGCAAACAGCCGCCAGUCAUGGUCAACAGUCUAAGCCACCGGAAGGGGAUGACCGGUGGGAUUCGCCGAAGGAAAUUCCAGAAGGGGAGUUGCAGUUUUUGCGGCCGUUUUCUGCGCAGCUAACUCCUGAGAUUUUUACCCCAACUGCGCAAUCAACAAGCGCUCCUCAGGAUCUUCAAAUUUCAAAUGUGGAAAAGUCAAAUACGGAAUCCUUAACACCUCAAUCUUAUCCCCCCAAAGAAAAGGAGUAUCUUCGUAUUCAGAAAUCUCUUUUAAUAGUCCUAUUCAGAAUUUAA